AUGGCCACGUUCAACGAGGAGGAGGAGGACGAGAGCGUCGCGGAUUACUCGUACGGUCUGGACGACGGAACUGAUGGCGAGGCGAGGCCCACCGUCGUGCUUAUGGGACAAAAGAGGAUAGGGCGGAUAACUGAAGGUUUUGCGUGGUUGAAAUCGGCAGCCGAAACCCAUUUAGUGGCUGAUGGAUUGACGGAAGAGAGUCGCGUCGACGCUCAAUAUGAUAUCUAUCAUAGGGUGAAAUGUGAAUUGGCGGAGCAAGGACUAGAGGAUUUUAACGUAACGUUUCACCUCACAUCUAUCUACGACCACUCAAUAUUCGAAGCAUUCUCGAAAGUAGUGCAGAAUCUGGUUAAGCGGCUACCUACUUUGGAGCGGCUCCUGGACAUUUUCAAUCAGGGUUCAAACGUCGAGAAAUCGUUCUUAUUUGACGUAGCGUCUAAAAUUUAUAUAGCAACAGAUACUACUCCUGUGGAAAUGGCGGCAUAUGAACUGUGCUGCGAUAUGAUUGAUGUCACUGUUGACAUAUCUGGAAUAUACGGCGCGAAGGAGAGGGAAGGCGAAAUUCUAAAUCCAUUUGACGACAAUUCAUACGCUGUUAUUAGACUUAAAACUGACCAGAUCAUGUUUCUGCGGCAACUAAAUCGUCACCUCGCUCUCGUAUGUGUAAUUCGCGGCGAGAAUUUUGAGAAGCAAGGCUUAAUCGACUACAAUUUCAACUGCUUCAAAGAGGCGAUCGAGAAUGUUUUCAUGGUACGAAAGCAUAUGAGUGAAGAGAAGAAUUCGUAA